CUCCUUACCCAAGAUGUGGAGGAUGUCAAAUUUGUCAUCAAUUAUGACUACCCAAACUCCUCUGAGGACUACAUCCACCGUAUCGGCCGUACUGCCCGUAGCACCAACAAGGGUACAGCCUACACAUUCUUCACCCCGGGCAACCUUCGUCAGGCCCGUGAGCUCAUCCGUGUCCUAGAGGAGGCCCGGCAGGCCAUAAACCCCAAGCUGCUGCAACUGGUCAACACUGGCCGUGGAGGAGGAGGCAGGUCACGUUUCCAUGGCAAUGGCUCCAACGCCAACAACCCCAACCUGAUGUAUCAGGAUGAGUGCAACCGGCGCAUGCGCCCCGUGGGCAGCAAGGACAGCCGGGGGAGCAGCAGCGGCACGGGGAGCAGCAGCAGCAUCAGCCGCAGCAUCAGCCGCGACAGCCGAGAUGGAGGGAGCAGCCGCGCCGGGGACAGGUCGUCCUCUUCCUACAGGGGCAGCAGGGACAGCCGCAGCUAUGGCUCCAGCUCUUCCUACAACCAGUACCAGAGCGGGAGCAGCCAGUACAAGUCUGGGAGCAGCAAUGGGGGGCAAGAUCAGUCAGCGGGGCAGUUUGGUUCAGUCAGCAGGUCCAGUCAGCCCCCUCCACCCCCCUCAGGGCCGCAGCCCCUCAUGGCCCAGAAGUUUACCCCAGCCCAGCCCAUGAUGGGAUUAAUGGGGCACUCGCCCUUCCAGUUUGCUCCCCCCCCCCCUCCAACCUCACAGAGAAAGUAAAUCUGGGGCUAGCCCUCACCACACAUUCAUACAAUCCCCAACAUCAACCAGAAAAGUCAGUUGUGUUAGGAUUUAGCUUGUCAGGUUUUGAGAUUCUGGAGUACUGUGCUUGAAAUCUUGGCCUUAGCUGACAUAAAUCCAGAAGUGUUUUGUUAGAUUGGUGAGCGUUAAAAAUAAAAAGUCGGCCGAUGUUGUUGUGGACAUUCAACAAUGAACUUGCCUGACUAACAAGCAGUUUGACAUCAGUGCUUUGAAAGGAUUUGUUUAAGCAAAAUAGCUGUACAAAUGCUGAUUGUCCUUUCAGUAGUUAGACCACAAUUGAAGUGGAAUACACUUGUGCUUAAAUGUAAUACUUAUACAUUUGUAGGUGAUGAAAGCAUUUUCAUUGAGGUGCCGUCUAAUUUGUUUCAUGUUGCUUUUCCCACAAAAUACAUAUCCAGUGCUGUCAACCGUUAAGUAACUUUUUCAGCAUAUUGUCCUCAAACAUAAAGGUUAUUUCAUUAUUGUACAAAACGGCUUUCUUAGUAUAGUGAGCUUCGAAUGAGUUGUUUCAGUGAACGAAUGUGUUAUUUUGCAUUUCGGUGUACGAGGCAGGUGCUACCGUUUCUACACAACUUUUUUUCUCAGCUCAUUCAAAUGUUGUUCUUCAGCUUUAGUUAGUUUGUACAUAAGUGAUUAUUUUCCCAUUUAGAAAUUCUCUGAAAAAGGUGAUUAGUAAAUCAGUUCCAGGACAGUAUUUUGAAAUAUGGUUAGACAUUUCCUGUCAUGAGGUAGUUAUUCGACUUUUGUUUGUUCAUUCAAACCAUUAUAUACACUUAUGUAGGUUACGUUAUUUUAAUUGUUUAUUUUGUGGGAUCAUUCAACCCCUCGGUAGCUGGAGCAUAUAAUAACAUUUUUGUUUCUCUAUUGAACUCUGUAAACCUGUCACACAUACUUGUUUCCUUCCUAGUGUAGAGAUGUAUAGGUUUGUGCUUAGCUGCUUCUCUGUAGUUGAAUCAUUCUAGUAUGUAGACAAGACCAACCUGUAAAAUCACUUUUUUACUGUCUGGUUUUGUUUUUCAGGUUUCAAUAAAGCUUUUGAAUGUUUAAA